CCAGAAAAACAAGUGGUCCUUUUCGUUUUUGUUAUCAUCUCCAAAAUACAGUUAUCAUCAUCUCUAGCCUCCUUCCCUCUGUCUUUUCCCUCCUUUUCCACUUGUUCAUGGCUUAGUCUCUUCUGGGUUUUCUUCAUCUUCCCAUUUCCAUCUCUCUCUCUCUCUCUCUCUCUCUCUCUCUCUCUCUCUCUCUGUUUCAUUGUUUUGUUUCAUUCUUAAAAUACCCUUUUGUGAAAUACUCUGAAUCUCACACCAUGAUCCUUUCAGUUUCCUAAUUCCAUUUUUUAGAUCUCUUUUUGGAUUACCCAAACUUUCCCAUCUAAAACAACUCUAAAGUAAAGUGUGCUUCUUUAAAUAAUCCCAAACUUGGUUUCUGUUCUAUUUUCAAUCUUUGGUUACAUUCCUGUCAAAAAGUUCAAUCUCAUUCCUCAAACCAGUCAACUCUAUCCGAUUCUUGUUUCUUUUAUGAAUCUUGAAAAAGUAAAGUGAGUGUUUCUUUUAAAGAAAUCACAAACUGGGUUUUGUUCUAUUUUCAAUCAUUGCUCAAAUCACUCAACUCCGCCCAAUUCUAGUUUCUUUUAUGAAUCUUGAAAAAGUAAAGUGAACGUUUCUUUAAAAAAAAAAAAAAUCCCAAACUGGGUUUUGUUCUAUAUUCAAUCUUUGAUUACAUCACUCUCAAAAAAGUUGAAUCUCAUUGCUCAAAUCACUCAAACUGUGUCCAAUUUUGUUUUUUUAUUGAAUCUUGAAAAGUAAAGGUUUUUUAAGGCUCAAUCAAUGCAGCCAUCCACAUACUUCCCUCUAAGGUGGGAGAGCACCGGAGACCAGUGGUGGUACGCAUCUCCUAUCGAUUUCGCCGCCGCCAACGGCCACUACGAUCUAGUGAGAGAACUCCUCCACCUAGACUCCAACCUCCUCAUCAAACUCACCUCCCUCCGCCGCAUCCGCCGCCUCGAAACCGUCUGGGACGACGAAACCCACCUCAAUUCCGCCGCCAAAUGCCGCUCCACGGUGGCCCAAAACCUACUCUCCGAUUGUGAAUCCGAGAGAGGAAACUCUCUGAUCAGAGCAGGCUACGGCGGCUGGCUCCUCUACACCGCCGCAGCCGCCGGAGAUGUGGGCUUUGUGAGAGAAUUGCUUGAGAGAGACCCAUUGCUUGUGUUUGGGGAAGGAGAGUAUGGUGUUACUGAUAUACUUUACGCGGCGGCAAGGAGCAAGAAUUCUGGGGUUUUUAGGAUGCUUCUUGAUUUGGCUGUUGCUCAGAGGUGUUUGUAUGGUGGUGAUGGGGUGGAGGAGGAGGGGGAGGGGCGGCAGCCGGAGGAGGUGUCCGCGGUUUUUAGGUGGGAGAUGAUGAAUAGGGCGGUUCAUGCGGCGGCGAGGGGAGGGAAUGUGGAGGUUUUGAGAGAGGUUUUGGGGGAUUGUGAGGAUGUUUUGGUUUAUAGAGAUGCUCAGGGAUCUACUGUUUUGCACUCUGCCUCUGGGAGAGGCCAGGUUGAGGUAGUCAAAGAUCUACUAUCAUCCUACGACAUCAUUGCCUCGACGGAUAAUCAAGGGAGCACGGCAUUAAAUGUGGCUGCAUACAGGGGAUACUUGCCUGUGGUAGAGAUUCUAAUUUCAGCAUCUCAGUCAAUCACCUCCAUAACCAACAAUUAUGGAGACACUUUCCUUCAUAUGGCUGUGGCUGGUUUCCGAGCCCCCGGUUUCCGACGACUUGACCGCCAAAUCGAGCUCAUUAAACAGUUAGUCAGUGAAAAGCUUGUGAGUAUGCAUGACAUCAUCAAUGUACAAAACAACGAUGGAAGAACCGCCCUCCACAUGGCAGUCAACGACAACUUUCAGUCAAAUCUUGUAGAACUUCUCAUGACCGUCCCUUCAAUUGAUUUGAACAUCCGCGAUGCUGAUGGGUUGACCCCACUCGAUCUCCUCAAGCAAAGGCCGCGAACAGCUUCUUCUGACAUUCUGAUCAAACAGUUGAUAUCAGCAGGAGGGAUAUCCAACUGUCAGGAUUACAUGGCGAGAAACGCUCUCGUUUCCCAUCUGAAAAUGCAGGGUAUUGGGGGAAGCCCCGGGACUUCAUUCAGAAUCCCCGAUGCUGAGAUUUUUUUGUAUACGGGUAUUGAGAAUGCAAGUGAGGCUGCCACUUUUGAUGAUCCUACGGAAUACGGGUCUUGCUUGAGUGAAAUUAGUAAUUUUAAUUCUCCCACCACGUAUAACUCAUUGGAUUGUAGGAAAUCCAGCUCUGUGAAUAACGCUGCAAUGCGGCUAAAGAUUCUCCUUCAUUGGCCCAAAAAAGAAAAAAAAGGCGAUGAUUCUAAAGAACCGUACAAGAUGGGUAGAAACUUGGAAGAAAGUCCAACAACGCUUCGGCAAAGAUUCUCCCAACAAAUGGCUAUAUCAAGCAACCAAAGGGUGAUCCCGGUAAGAAAUAGUCUUCCAAGUCCUUCCACGAAAAAGAAAUUUGCAGCGAGGCUAAUGCACGGUGUCAUUCAAGCCAUGCCACAUCUAUCUGUUAGAUCGCCUUCGAGUACUUUUUCUGAAUCAUCCGUGUCUUCGCCUAUCUCAAUCGACAAAUACAAGGGUGUGGACACUGGAAAUGAAAUUGAAGAAUCCCCCGGAUCAAGUCAUUCAAUUAAUAGUGAAAAAUUGCGAAUCAAUCGCAAACACUCUUCUCCGUUAAAUAAAAAGUUGAUUAAUCAGUAUUUCUGUUUCGGUGCACAAGGCCUCGCGGUGGAAGAUUCGAUUAGCUGUGCGCGGCCGCGUCAGAGUUACCCGCGUUCUAGUUCUUUAAUGGUUUGAGUUGGCUGUUCUAGUGAGUUGAGUUUUGGGUUAGAGUUAAAAUGUAGUAUAGUUUUGUUGAGCUAUGUAAAUGUUUUUUUAUUUUAA